AUGGCUGACUCGAACGAUUCCCGGCCGGCGGCGCCGCUCGCGAGACAUAGCAAGCCCGUCAGUGAAGCUUUGCUGAACGAGAAGUGGGAUCGCGCGAUUUCCUCCCUGAUCAUCCGCUCAGCGCUGGGUCUCGGUUUCGGUGUGGUCUUUUCGGUCCUGCUGUUCAAGCGGAGAGCUUGGCCGGCCUGGAUUGGUCUGGGCUUCGGUGCAGGCCGUGCAUGGGAAGAGGCGGACGCUUCGUUCCGUCGAGGUGACCAGCCUGUCACAGAUGCCCUGCGUCAGGCUAGAUCGUGA